CCUGUUUCUUCAUCGACGGCUUGGACGAGUUCGUCGAAGAGCGGCGGUCUUAUUCCGACCUAGUCGACUGGCUCCAGAGUUGGGUUAACCGUUCCGGAGGAUCUCUGAAACUCUGUGUGUCGAGCAGGGAGUUGCCCCCCUUUCUGGAUUACCUCGACGCCAAACAGAGGAUCCGACUGCAAGAUCUGUCGGGAAACGAUAUCACAACCGCGAUUAGGCAGACUCUUGGGAGGAAUCGUCGCUUUUUACUUUUUCAACAAGCUAACAAGCAAGAAUGCUCCCAGUUUAUGCGCCAGAUUGCUCAGAAAUCCGACGGAGUCUUCCUUUGGGUCACUCUGACGCUGAAAAUGAUCAUCGACUCCUUGGACGGUAGAGAACCGCUCAAGUCUAUCAUGGCCCAGGUCGAUUCAUUGCCUGAAGAAUUGGAAACUUUGUUCGGCCGUGUUCUUGAAUCCAUACCCAAGGUGCAGCGAACAAGCGCGUAUUCUUAUUUUGCGUACGCGCUCGGGUUGGCUACGAUUCAAGCCGAAAAUUGGUUGGAGUUUUGGCCAUUUCUUGACGAUUACAUCGAGUCGCCGAACUUCGCCAAGGGCCUUCCCCUUGAAUGGAUCAAGCCAGAAAAGAGACCUAGGCGUAUCGGCAUCGCUGCUGAUCGGAUCCAAAGCCGCACUCGGGGCUUGCUGGAGAUUGCCCCGGGUGACAUGGAUGAUCGUAUUGGAAGCCUUGUUGUUUUUGCCCAUCGGUCAAUACCUGAAUUUCUCCAGGACGCCCUGGAAACGGAGAAGAUUCGGAGACAGAUCCGAGAUUUCGACUUUAUCCGCGCUCAUAUCAAUGUCUUACUCGCCUAUGCAAAAUCGACCCAGCUCAGCGACAUUGACUUUCGUCACAGUCUCAUCCUGCGCGAGUACCAGAUAGUACCACUGAUCAGCUUCAUACGCGGAAUGAAGGAGACAACGGCUUCCAAAUACUUUUACGAACUCAAUCUUCUAGACGAGGCAACCACACGGCAGCACAGCAGCAGGCGCUCCGUGUCGCGCUCCUUGGUAUCUUCCCCAACUCCUGAUUCGCCGUGGGUGAGUUUCCCAAGUUGGAGGUCGCCCACCCCGGCCUGCGUGGCCUGCUCUAUGGGGUUCAAUGAUUAUGUUGUCUGGAAGGCGGCAACAUAUCCCAAAACUCUGCAAACCUCAGUAGGCAUCGGCUUAUUUGAGGCGAUCCUGGAUACCGUACGCCUGCACCGCGCCAAUGCCUCGCGACGAGAAAGCGUCCGUGGCUUAAAGAGUUUGCUGAGGGAGAUGAUGAAACUUGACAUCGACCUGAGCCAGUUGCCUAACCGCGGAGGGGCUGUUACGGACAGGCUGAGCUAUUGGGCCUUUAUCCUGCAACUCAUGUGUCUAGACCGGGAAUCAGGCCGGCAUUGGACACACCUAGAGACAAUGCUGGAAAAUGGUGCCCCGAAUCCCUCAUGGAGGCGCUCUGGCGAGAUGGUGAAUCUUCACCUCGGGGACGAGGUUUACUCGUAUCAUUGGGACGUGGUAGAGCGCGACUGGGAUCCAAAACUCCUGCCGGCAUCGAAACUUGACCGGGGCGACACAAUCACGCUGAAAGACUGGGUGGACGAGUACGAGCCGGAAAACGGGGGAAAGAUACUGAUGCUUCUCGGCGGCACGACGACAGACGAUGAGACGACAACCGCCAAAGCGGAAGAUGAGAAAACAGGUUAUCUCGAUCGAAGGCUUCAAACUUUCUUCGCGGCGGCAUGGAACCGACUCUCACAGCUCCUUGGCAGUCGAGCCUUGCCCUGGAUUCUUGUUGGCCUUUUUUCAGCUUUGUUGUUGCGCGAGGGUGUUGGUAGUUGGGCUAGGUAGCAGCGGGUCGGCUUGGGCAAAUUGCUGGGGCUAGGGUGAGAGGCGAUAAGAGGAUUAAAAUAUGUGCACUCUUACCCUACUAAAUGUACAUACCAAGUAGUUGUACCGGAGCCCGAGCAGCGAGGGUGUUGGCGAGGCUCCUGGCACUGAUCCCAUUUGGUCGAUGGUGGCUUCAUCGGCAACAGAUAACCUCCGAUGCGGCGGCGCAGUCCUGAGUGGUGGUUUGUCGACGGGACCGAGCAUAAUCGGGCAAAGGUUUCCGGUGCAAGUUGCUAAAAGCGAGAGCGAGCAUUCUGCAUUCUGUGACAGGAUGUUGCUCUCAUUGGCUG